ACGCUGAGAGGCAGUGAACAGCAGAGGUCUAACGUUAGCUCAGCUACUCAUUAGGACAGGGAGACAUUGAACUGUGAAGACGUUUUGCUGUGAACAUUUCUGAAAGCAAAUGUUAACUUUCGGAUAGUACCGUUUGCUAGGCUGUCUAGCGUUUCGGGGGCUAGCUUUCAGUUUACUCACUGGUGUUCUGCGGUGGAAAUAGCAAAAAUGUCGUCUCCAAGUCCGGGUAAAAGGCGAAUGGAUACCGAUGUGGUGAAACUCAUCGAGAGCAAGCAUGAAGUCACCAUCCUCAGUGGACUCAAUGAAUUUGUAGUGAAGUUUUUCGGACCACAGGGAACGCCGUAUGAGGGAGGUGUGUGGAAGGUGCGAGUAGAUCUUCCUGACAAAUACCCUUUCAAAUCGCCAUCAAUAGGAUUCAUGAACAAGAUUUUUCAUCCCAACAUUGACGAAGCGUCAGGGACAGUGUGCUUAGAUGUCAUCAACCAGACAUGGACAGCCCUUUAUGAUCUGACCAACAUCUUUGAGUCGUUCCUGCCCCAGCUGCUCGCUUACCCAAACCCCAUCGACCCCCUGAAUGGAGAUGCAGCUGCCAUGUACCUUCACCGGCCAGAGGAGUACAAGCAGAAAAUCAAAGAGUACAUCCAGAAAUAUGCAACAGAGGAGGCUCUGAAGGAGCAAGAAGAGGGGGCAGGCGACUCUUCAUCUGAAAGCUCCAUGUCUGAUUUCUCAGAAGACGAGGCCCAGGACAUGGAGUUGUAGUGAUAGGAGGGCUCCCCCAUCCCGCGCCCUCCUUUAACCCCCACAGAGACUAUAUUUGAUUUCCUAACCAUGAGAAAGCAGACUUAUAAUAUUCAUAUUUAAACAAGUUGAUUUUUUUAUUAUUAUUAUUACUACUAAACAAGGAUUUUUAUGGAUAUCUAGCCUUUGGUGUGUUUGACAGACACCCUCCCAUUCUGUAGCUGUUUCUCCCUACGCAGAUUUCGCAAAUGCUUUCACAUUCUCUCCCUGUCAUCUCCACAUUUUUAAGAUGUGUUAUGUAGUCGUAGGCAGGAAAUCUCCCCGUGAACAUCUCAUUUCUGUACUCAAAUUUCACUUUUUAAAAUAGAACUUUCCAGUUUGACCUGAA